AGCACCAGCUGAUAACACUAGAGUCCUUCUCAACACUGCGUCUAAAUUCUUGUAAAAACAUGCGCUAAAAUCUUGGCAUAAAACAAUAACUAAGGAGCUAAGAUGCGCUGCUACUACGAGGAGCUUGGUCUCCAACGGACCGCCACCGAUGGCGACAUCAAGACCGCCUACCGCAAAAUGGCGCUCCGCUGGCACCCGGACAAGAAUCCGGAUUGUUUGGCCGAGGCCAAGGAGCGCUUCCAACUUAUUCAGCAGGCUUACGAGGUGCUCUCUGAUCCGCAGGAGCGCUCGUGGUACGACAAUCACCGGGAGCAAAUCCUGCGCGGCAAAAACUCAGAGUACGCUGAGAACUGUCUGGAUGUGUUUGAGUUCUUCACCAGCUCCUGCUACAAAGGCUACGGGGACGACGAAAAGGGCUUCUACAGUGUGUACCGGGAGGUAUUUGUAAAGAUUGCUCUUGAGGAUAUGGAGUUUAUGGACGGCGACGACCACCUUGGGCUAGCGCCAGAGUUUGGCACUUCGGAAAGUAACUACGAGGAAGUGGUGGGCCCUUUCUAUGCCUUCUGGCAGGCCUACAGCACCAAGAAGACCUAUGAGUGGCUGUGCCCGUACGAUGUGCGCGAGAUCAAGGAGCGCUUCAUCCUGCGAAAGGUUGAGAAAGAGAUGAAGAAGAUUGUGCAGGCAGCGCGCAAGGAUCGCAACGAAGAGGUCCGAAAUCUGGUUAAUUUUGUGCGAAAAAGAGACCGCCGGGUGCAUGCCUACAGACGCGUCCUAGAAGAACGGGCUGAGGCCAACCGCUUGAAGCAGGAGGAGAAGCGCCGGGAGCAGCUGCGAAAGCGCCAAGAAGAGCUUGCUGCCGCCAGGGAGAACAAGUCCUUCCACGAGGGCUAUGAGGAGCAGUUGAAGCAGCUGGAACAGCAAUACGGUAGCGAGUCUGAUGACUAUACGGAUGACGAAGAGGACGAUGAUGGAGAGAGUGAAGAUUCGGAGCCGGAUCCCGACGUGGAAGAUGCCGAAUUCGAGCUGGAGUAUGUUGACGACUUGUAUUGUGUGGCCUGCAACAAGACUUUCAAAAACGCUAAAGCGCGCGCGAAUCACGAAGAGAGCAAAAAACACCGGGAGAAUGUUGAACGGUUGCGGGCGGAAAUGGAAGCCGAGGAAGAAGCAUUCCACGACGGCUCUCAAGAAGACAGUAUCGAUGGAGUUGAGGAAGCUUUGGACGAGCUUGAAAUCACAGACGAGCACUUGUCCGCGGAGGAAGUACUAAGCGAGGAAGAAUCUCCUGCUAGGAAUAAACGUGACAAAAAGCACAAAAAGUCAAAAAAGUCGGCUGCCAUACAAGUGCAAGAAGAAGAGGAAGUCAACGUGGUUGAGGAUGAACCGCCAGACCUCAAGGCUACCGACUCGGAAGAUGACUGGAGCAAGGGGAAAAAGUCUGCGCGAAAAAACAAGAGCAAAAAGUCUGCGACAAACAAAUCGAAGCCCUCUGACCAAUCCGCCCCAGAGCCAGCUUCCCAAGAAGCCAACCCCACUCCAGCGGUCGAAGAUCUCGAUCCGACGAAGCCGCAGCACACCUGUGUCACCUGCCGGCUGGUAUUCGACUCGAAAAACAAACUAUUUGCUCACCUUAAAAAGACGAAUCACGGAGUGUACAUACCCAAAGCCAAGCCUGACGUGGAGGGCAAGCCUCCGGGAAAGGGCAAGGGGAAGCGCAACAAGUAGUCCGGAGUUUAAUCCGGCAACCAUACCGCGACUUGUUAGAAUUUUAUUUAUGCUAAUGUUACAGUUAAUUCGAAAAUGAAGUUAAGUAUGCUCGCUCUAAGCAA